AUGGAACAUAGGUAUUGGGCAAAGCAAUCUCCCAAUCUGAUCCAGUACCCGUUUGGAUUGCACUUGGUGGAUCUGUCAUUGAUCGGAGAUAUCCUGAAGAGACGCUGGCCUCAGCUGGAAGCGAACGGCAUGUGUUCAGUGCAGGAGCUGGCCGACAUGCUGAAGUUACUAUUCAAUGCUGCCAGGCGGGAGGAGCCUGGAACAGAACUGGUUCCAUUCAGUUCAGAUCUGUUGCCGCUGCCCUCGUCACUCUCUCAGCAGAUAAACUUUCCACAAAAUACCGAGCUGGUGGCUCAGUGGUCGGCUCUAAGCAGCGGUCACCGUGGGGGUGGCAGCAAUGUGACUCGAAGCGCCCUGAGGAUGGUUUUACAUGACCUGCAGCAGAUACCUGCAGCAGUGUGUGAGGGCAAGGCCUUUGAGCAGCUGGAGAAUGCCAUACACAGCUGCUUUCAGGGGGUGCUGACCUCCGGGAUUUCUGAGCAGAUGUUUUUCAGCUGGUUACAGUCUGAGCCGCAGAUCUUGUCAUGGCUCCCCACACUCUACAGAGUCUCAGCCACUGAAGCAAUCACUCACCAGGCAAAAUGCAGCAUCUGCAAGAGGUUCCCUAUCACUGGGUUCAGAUACCAAUGUUUGAAGUGCCUGAACUACGACCUUUGCCAAGUGUGCUUCUUCACUGACCAAACAAACAAGCGACAUAAGAGUUCCCACCCUGUGAUGGAGCACUGUACACAGACAUCCAUGAAGGAAAACCUGAAGCUUUUCGUCCGCACUGUCCGCAACAAUCUGCUGACAGCUCGUUGCAAGAGGAAGGAGGCGCGUCGGAGAGCAGCGCUGAUCACAGUGAGGACUGGAUAUAGACCAGCCGAGAAUCGGGGCUGUCAUGUGGAAGAGCCUCCUUCACUGCCAUCUGCUUCACAUAACUUGCGGGGCUGGUGCAGAAGUGAUGAUGAACCUUGGGGCUUGGGCCCUGCAGCAGGGUAUGGGGCAAAAGUAUCCAAAGCACAGCAGACGGAUCCAUCAGCUCUGGGGGAAUCCAGGUGGAGGCCUGGUGCUACAUUGACCAGGACAGGCAAGAUUGAUAUGAACAGCAAGUGUGAUGCUCCCAUGAGAAGAGAACUACGUGACACAAGGGCAAUAAUUGGGGAGCUACAGCAAGAGAAGUGGUUUCUUGAACAGCAGCUGCAGUGGUGGAAAUGGAAGGCUCAGUCCAGUGAUUCUGCACCGACUGAAGAGAAACAAUGCAGUUUGAAGGAGAAGAUUGCAGCCAUCAGUGCACAGAACCAGUGUUUGCAACAAGAGCUUCAACCCUUGAGACAACUGCUCCAGCUGCACCAGCAGACCCAAGGGGGCCUCUCACAGCGAGGGGCACGACAUAGUGUGAAGGACCUGGAGCCUCCAGGUGAAGUAGAUGCAAUCGCUCCACCAAGAGGCCAUGGCAAAAGGUCUCCAGGCAAAGAAAAAGAGCAGCAGGCAGCAAGGGCAAAAGGUGGCUGGGAUGAGAUAUCAUCAACAGGAAAGAGCAUUCUCUCUGAAUCAAGGCUGCCUCCUGUAGUUGGGUUGAACCUCACUAAUAAAUCCGAAGGGAGGUGGUGUCUGAGAGAACCUAGCAAUCACAGGGAGGGGUUGGUGGCUGUAGAAGAUACGGGCUGCAUUAUUAUCCAACGCACAGAUCUGGCCAGGGCGCCUCAGCCAGUGACUGUGGGCAGCCUGACACAACAAGCAAACCUGCCGGAUGAAGGUGAGGAUGAGGAAGAGGAGCUGCACCAGUUAGUUGAGAAGCUGAAAGAUGCUCUUUCUCUUAAAGUGAAGGCUGGACACUGUUCCAUUGUAAAGCAGGAGCUGCUGAAUGCCGCGGAACACGUCGGUGAGACACUGUCACAGCUUGUCAGCCAGGUAGCCACCCCUGUGCUGCCGUGAAGGACAGGGAAAGUGAAGUCGGAAGGUUUGGAUUUGCUCCGGAUUUCAGUUGCGAUGAGACCGGCACUG